AUGCUCACCACUAUACCACCAACGCUCCACAGCCCGGGCGGCCGCCACACGCCGGCCCCGGGCUCGCCCCAGCAUACUCUCGCCGCCGCCGCCUCCGCAUCCCUGCCCCGACGCCCGGCAGCCGGAGGCUCUGCGCCGCCGCCGGCGCCCCCAGCAGCCACGCGGCGCCCCCAGCGCGCCAGCGCUACGCCGUCGCCGGGAUCCACCGGCCCCACCGCCCCAGGGCGGCGCCCCCGCCGCCUUGCGGCCCUCCGGCCCUUCGCUCCCCGCCGCGGCCCGCCAACGCCUCCGCCCUCACCCCCGGCGGGCAACGCGGGGCACGCAGCUUCCAGCACCCAGCUGGCCAAAGCCCUACUCCACCGGGCGCUGGGCGAGGCCACUUCCCACGACGACAAGGGGACACGGGACCCACCUGCCUGCACGCGUCGCGGCGCCGUGACGAGCCGCGCGGCGUGGCCGUCGCGAGCCUACGAGCCCACUCAGGCAGCCACUGGGGGUCGGUGCGUGGGCGAGUGGCCGGGCCGCCAGAUCCGGCUAUGGUCGGGCAAGGCCGUGGGGUCGCCAAGGAGGCCCUCGCCCCGCCGUGGCGACCGUGCGCCCGCCGACGACAAAGGGCUCGGGCUGGAGCGCUGCUCGGGCAGAGGGGGUCGACGGGAGCUAGGCCGGGCACCGCCGUUGGCGGCCCUGGCGCCUCGCCCAAAGACGGCGGGAGGGGACGAAGGGCCCUCGGGGGCCUGGCGGCAGGACAGAGAGGGACCGCGGCCACCAAAAAGGGCGGGGAUACUCACCACUAUACUAACGAGGACGGCGGCGACCGUCCUGCCGCCCGGCCGCCCUCGGGCUCUCGGGCUGCCUGCCCACGCCUCCCCUUGCCCAGCACGGGCCGCCGGCCACCACGGGUCCCGACCCAACCGCGCACCAAACCAACCGCCUCGGUCACAGCGGCAGCCCGCCACCCCGACAGGGACCCGGACCCCCGGGCACUGGACCCUCCCCAGCGCGCGCCGCCUCUUGCCUCCAACGCGGGCGUUCCGCCGGGAGAAGGGGGCGCGAGAAGGCAAGCGGGGCUGCGAGGACACGGUGGGCGCGCGCCGGCCGGCGUCGGGCCAGGAGAGGCGCGGGCGAGGAGGGGCCGGCCCGCCGAGGGCCCCGGUGGGUCCGCGGCGCCAGCUGCCGCGGAGCCAGGCGCCUCGGCCGGCCGCCGCGCGCCGGCUCCGUCGACCCCCACUCCGGACGGCCGCCUGCCUGCCUGCCUGCCUGCCUGCCUGGCGUGGCGCCCCGCGCGGCCCGCCAAGGGCGCCGGUGCUCGCGCCGCGUCGGGUCCCAGCCAGGCGAGCGGCCACGCGCCCAGCCAGGCCCGCCGUCAGGAUGGCCGAGCGGUCUAAGGCGCUGCGUUCAGGAACCUUCAGUCCUUCUCAGCGCCUCUUUCCUCGCCAGCGGGCUGCACCUGCAGCUGCUGCUUUUCCUGCCUCCCUGCCUCCCCCUUGCCUACCCACGCCCACCCUCGCCCAUCCUCCCCCUUCCACUGCCACGGCCCCGCCGCGCCCCGCCCCGCCCCCGGCCGCGCCGAAGCACGCAGCCCCGCGGCGGGUGGCAAGCCCUCCUCGCUUCGCCGGCGCUCCGACAUCUGCCCGGGGAACGGCCUACUCGCCCUGGCAGCCUCGCUUCCACGGCCGCCCCCGCCAGCUCUCCCGCCAGGCCGGCACCCCGUCCUCCGCGCCCGCCCCGCCGGCCCGCCUGCGCUCCCCAGCCACAGCGAGGCGGCCGAGCCCCCGCCUUGCCCGCCAGGGGGGUGCCGCGUGCCCUCGACCCUUCUCCGCCGUGCGUUCUUGGCCGGGCCGCACCUGCCUGCCGCCCGCCCGGGACGCGUGCCACCCAGCCUUCCUGCUGGCCAGCGCACACCGGCCUUCCUUGCACGAGUCCGUCCCGGCAAGGGUGCUCCGCUGGGGAGGGAGCGGAAGCCCUGCGUGCCCGUCCAGCCCACCCCCCGGCGCCCGGCCCGCGCCCCCGACCUCGGCGCCACGGCGCCCGUUCCCGUGGGAAGCCGCUGCCCCGGCCGGAGCCAAGCCCGCCCUGGCGCGCUCCCUGCCUCUCAGCCGGCAGUCCCCGAGCCAGGGGCCGCUCUGCCAAAGGGCCCCUGCUCACCACCACCUCCCCGUCAGAGCCGGACCCCGGGAGCGCGGUCGGCCAGAGCGCAGGAGCCAGGCUCACACGCCUUUUGGUCCUUGGGCCUGA